CCUCCGCCUCCCUCAACGCCAUCAUCAUCUUGGGUGGCUGCGGUGGCCGGAGUGGCUUCAACGUGACAGCAAGAACCGACGCGCCAGGUAGGCGGACGCGGCUGCUCGCCGCCGAAGGGCGGACAGUUGAUUAGCCUGAUUUAUUCGAGGGUCGUUGCAUCUUUCCCAUCUGAUAUUGGCAACAGUUGGCACAGUUAAAAAAUGGCAUCAGAAGAUAUAACUAAGCUUGCAGAAUCACUUGCUAAAACCCAAGUGGGCGGUGGGCAGCUGAGCUUUAAAGGCAAAAGCCUGAAACUCAAUACUGCAGAAGAUGCUGAAGAUGUGAUCAAAGAGAUUGAGGAGUUUGAUGGGCUAGAAGCCCUGCGUUUGGAAGGAAAUACUGUGGGAGUUGAAGCAGCAAAAGUCAUUGCCAAGGCACUGGAGAAGAAAUCUCAGCUCAAGAGGUGUCAUUGGAGUGAUAUGUUCACCGGGAGACUGAGAUCUGAGAUUCCCUCUGCUUUGAUUUCUCUUGGAGAAGCCCUCAUUUCUGCUGGCUGCCAACUUGUAGAGCUGGAUCUGAGUGAUAAUGCCUUUGGACCAGAUGGAGUUCGUGGAUUUGAGGCAUUGCUGAAGAGCCCUACCUGUUUUACUCUGCAAGAACUCAAGCUAAACAACUGUGGUAUGGGUAUUGGUGGUGGCAAGAUCUUAGCAGGAGCUCUGAAAGAAUGUCACAGGAAAUCAACUGCUCAAGGCAAGCCGUUGGCUCUGAAAGUAUUUAUGGCUGGCAGGAACCGCCUGGAAAAUGAUGGUGCAACUGCUCUUGCUGAGGCAUUCACAGUUAUUGGUACUGUGGAAGAAGUUCAUAUGCCACAGAAUGGGAUCAAUCAUCCAGGAAUUACAGCCUUAGCUGAGGCCUUUGCUGUCAAUCCCUUGCUGAGAGUGAUUAAUUUGAAUGAUAACACUUUUACUGAGAAGGGAGCUGUGGCUAUGGCAGAAACCCUCAAGAAACUCCGUCAAGUGGAAACAAUCAACUUUGGGGAUUGCCUUGUGCGUUCGAAAGGUGCUAUUGCUAUUGCUGAAGCUGUUAGUGAAGGCCUUCAUAAACUAAAGGAACUCAACUUAUCCUUCUGUGAGAUCAAGUUAGAUGCUGGACUUAUAGUUGUUGAGGCUAUUGAGGACAAGUCAGAGCUGGAGAAAUUAGAGCUCAAUGGCAAUUGUUUUGGAGAAGAAGGCUGUGAACAGAUCCAGGAUAUCCUUGAAGGCUUCAAUAUGGGAGAGAUCCUAGGCUCCCUGAGUGAGGAUGAUGGAGAAGAUGAUGAAGAGGAGGAGGAGGAGGAAGAGGAAGAAGAGGAGGAAGAGGAAGAGGAAGAAGAGGAAGAAGAGCCACUUCAGGUGCAGGAGAGGGGACAGGGAGAACAAGAACCCCUUACACCUAAAAAAAUCUUAGAGGAACAUGAUUCUACACCAUUAUCCUCUCCUCCUCCUCCUAUUGAUGUUGGCACCUUUCUAGCUUUUCCAUCGCCAGAAAAAUUGUUGCGACUUGACCCCAAGUGUUCGACUUUGAUAGUUCAGCAGACAGACACAUCUGACAUAGAAAAAGUUGUUACUGUUUUCCUUAAAAUCUCUUCUGUCUUCAAAGAUGAGACCUCAGUAAAAACAGCAGUGUGUGAAAUAACAGAUGCUUUGAUGAGAGAAGCUUUUUCAUCAGCCAACUUCAAUUCUGAUGCUUUCAUAACAAGUCUUUUGAUUCACAUGGGAUUGCUAAAGAGUGAAGAGAAGAUCAGGGCUGUUCCGAGCCUUUAUGGCCCUCUAAUGACACUGAACCACAUGGUCCAGCAGGAUUAUUUUCCCAAGUCCCUUGUCCCAAUUCUCUUGGCCUUUGUCACAAAGCCUAACCGUGCUUUGGAUCCCUGCUCUUUUGCUCGACACUUGCUACUACAGACCCUCCACCAGUUGUAACACAAAGGCCAUGAUACUCUCUCUCACCCAAAGACUAUCAGAACAUAUUGAGAUGGAGAGCAAAGGCGUCAGAACCUUCAAGGGAAAAUGUGCUUACUUGGUCACUGAGGCAUACAAUGUCUGGCUGCAUUUCUACUAUUACAACCUUGAAGGAACUUUGCCAUGUACUUUUUAUGUUGCUGUUUGUUGUUUUUAAACUGUCUGUUUUCAAAAUGAAUUCUGCCUUCCCAGGAAUCUUUUUUCCCUUUCUUUGAGAUUUUUGUUUUUGUUUUUCUCUGUUAGUUUUGUCUCAGAUUAUGUUUUUUUAAACUGGGACUUCUUUUUCUCAUUCAUUGUUCUCAAGGUUAAGAAUUUACCCAAGAUCUCCAGAUAUGUUUCUUGGAUUAUUCUUCGGAGGUAACAGCAAAGGUCUGAAGCUUCCUUGCAAGUGCAUUAUGCUAUGAGCCUAGUGGGGUGGUUGUUUUCCUCCAGAUAUAGGCCAUCACAAGACAUAAAACAAUAUUACUAUUAUUAUUAUUAUUUCUUGCUGUUUUAGUUUCAGGCUAUUCUGUGGCAAUGUAGUAUAUUUUUUUGACCAAGAAUAUUUAUGUGGAAUCCUUCACCAUUACUCAUUCACAUUUUCACUAAUAAGACAAUUACUGGUGGUCUGCAAAUGACUGUUAGUGAUAACUGCCUUACAAAUAUAAAUCUGUCUAAUUAAAAUAGUAGUUCAGAAUAAAUGUAAUCAGUUUUGACUGGA